GCUGGCCGAUCAGACGGCGGCAGGAUCGCGCUGAAACUGGCCGAGCCUCUCGCCGACAGCGUUGUCGCGACCCUGGGCAGCGCCGACAGCGCGCAGGCGGUCGCAGGGCAGAACCCAGAGACGGGCGGUGCGUCAGCCGUUGCAGCGCCCCCGCUGCCCGUCGCCGGGCGGCCGACUGGCCGCCUGCGCGAGGCAGCUCGAGGGCAUCUCGAUGCCAGAGCGGAGCGAGCUUCAGCUCGGGGGCCGUGGAGGCACUUGAGUCUGGAGGGGCGCUACUUCGUGGAUGUCUUCCGCGGCAAGGGGGGCUGCGGACGGUCGGCCAAGCUUGCUGGGUUCCCAGCUCGGUUUUUCGACUUCGUGAAUGGGGCUAAGGGCGACGAGUUGCGGCCAGAGGUGAUGAAUGGGCAGAUCGCCGACAUGCAGGCAGGGAAAGUACUUGGCAUGGUGAUGGGGCCGCCCUGUGCGACGUUCAGUGUUGCCGAGCACCGCUCCAAGACCUUGAGGGCGCAGGAGUUCCCGAUGGGCGUUCCUGAAGUGCGCAGACAGGAUAGGACCACUGUGAAGCAAGGGAAUCAGCUGAUGCGCGCCGCGGGACACACCCCCAACGGGGCCAAUUGGGCCCGCAUCGCACAGGCCUGCCCGGCCUCUUUAGUGCCGAACGGUAGUGCAGAUCUUACUUGCUCCGACUAG